AUGCCGCUAUUUAUUUUGAAAGCAGUAAAAGAAGAUUCAUCCUUCAUCUUCCCUUACUUAUUUUGUUGAUGGAUCAUAAAGCUAGAAGAUUAUCUUAAAUGCAUUAUUCAAAAAGAAUUUAGCUCAAUAUUAUUGAAAUUUAUUCCUAUGCUAUUUAAUUUAGUCAAUAUGUUUCUCCAAGGAAUUAUAUAUAUCAUCAUUACAUCGUUCAUGCUUUAUUUAGUAUUGCUUCCAAAGUUUUAUAUCCUCCUCUACAUUCUUUUGAUUUUACAUUAA